AUGUCUACCGAAGGGAGGGAGACCCUAGUUCCCGUCGGAGGAGAUGGUGCCGCGACAGGCGCUCCCCGAUCGUCAGCCGUCGACUGUCGGAGCCCAGCGAGAGACCAGGCUGGAGCUCAUGUAGUGGCUACUGGUAAGGAACAGGCAGGGAAACUGCCCAUGCACCCAAUGCUGAAAGAUGUACUCAUGGCAAUGAACAGGAGCGUUUCCCUAACGGAGCUAGGGUCUGCAAGCCAUUUCAGCGCCAAAAGUCCGGUGGAAAAAACAGCAGGGCAGGACUGGUCGCGUCCUAAAGCAGGUAUGGAAAAUGAAUUCAGAGAGACCAUGGAAGAAGUCACCAAACUAUCGACAGAAAUGGAAAAACACAUAGAACAGAACACGAGGAGAGAACUUAAAGGAUUAAUCAAAGAAUUACUAAUACAAGUAGAGGUCCUUAAUAGAGUGAUAAUUAAGAAAUGGCUGGAUGAACACACAUAUGAGCCAGUAGAGAAAAUGUACAUAGAUGUCGAUACGCAAACAGAGACGCAACCCAAAGAAUACGGGUCUCAGACCGAUAUUACCAUCGAAAAGAAAGACAACGUUACCCAGACGGAAGAGGCCACAUAUACAUACAGCGGAGUUUUGGCAGAAACACGAGAAAUAAGAAGCCUGGAAGGAGUGGGCAGUCUAAAUGACGUCAUGGAAGCUCAUUCUUCAACCAGCGAAGAGGAAGACCCAUAUCGCAAUUCAUCCGAAAGUGAUGUUGAUUAUAUUCCGCCAAAUAAAAAAACAAAACAUUCAGGAAAACUAUUCGAUUUUUUCAAAAGCCUCAAGACUCCUAAGCCAAAGUCAUCAACUUCAUUGUUAGUUGUAGAAAAAAAUGACGAAGAAAUCAAUCCUGAAAUCGUCGACAACGAAUCUCCCUCUUUUGCAGUAGUGGAUUACAAUGAGAAGUUCAAGAACAGUCCGAUGCUCGAUGGAAAAUUCUUUCAGGUUCAAAAAUGUGAUGAAAAAAUGCAUGUACGGGCCAUAUGUCAAUUAUGUCUUCCUGUAAAAAAGGUGAUCAAGGGUUCUAGAGAAAUCACGACAAAUUUCGUUAAACAUCUAAGAAGGGUUCAUGGAGACAAGUAUGGUGAUUAUUUAAAGUACAAAGAGAGAAAACAUAGACAGAGAGUGUUUAAUAAUGAUUCUGAUGCUACGAGUGCCGGUACAACGAAGAAAAAAUCAAAACAAGAUACUUUGAAAAAAUACAUCACGAGUCCAAAUCCGAAAGAAAAAAUCAGCGAUGAGACUGAAAUGUGCCAUUCUCACAUACAAAAUCUAAAAAAAGAAAUUGAAAAGCAAGAUUAUGUUUGUGCUACAGCGGACAUCUGGUCAACGAAGCAGAGGAGUUUUAUGGGUGUCACUCUGCACUGGAUCGAUUCAAACUUGGACAGAAAGUCAGUAGCAUUGGCUUGCAAAAGGUUUUGUGGAACUCACGACUACAAGAACAUCGGAGAAAUGCUUGAAAAUAUUAAUUUAAAAUUUGGAAUAAGGCCUACGCAAAUAAUUGCCACCGUAACGGACAAUGGCUCCAAUUUUGUAAAGGCGUUUCGUGAAUUCGCUGUAGGAGAUGGAGAAAGAGAAGUACAUGAAGAUUUGCAAGCCGAAACUUCCAUCGGGGUUCAUGAUAGAGAAGAGGAUGUUGAUGAAGAGGAUAUCACCUUUGAACAAAUCGAUGUUUUUGAUAAUCCUGACGACUGCAGGAUAAUUCUUUCAACCCAUGUCCGUUGUGCCAGUCACACACUCAAUUUGAUUGCAACAACUGAUUGCAAAAAUGCAAUUCAAUCAAAUGUUUUAGUCAGAAAGAGACAUACCGAAGUUUUUUUGAAAUGUAACAUAUUAUGGACGAAAGCCAGGAGACCCAAGACUGCUGAAAUAAUCAAAGAUGCCUUGGGUCACACACUAAGUUACCCGGGAGUGACAAGAUGGAACUCGUACUACGACUCAGUUUCUCAAAUUUUAAGCGAAAAACUGAAACUGCCUUCUCUAUUCCAACGCCUUAAUAUGAAUUAUUUCAGAGAAACGGAGCUAAAGUAUUUGGAGGAAUAUUGUAUGGUUCUCAAACCUCUAGCGUCUACUCUUGAUCUUCUUCAAGGUCAGGAUUGUGUUCAUUAUGGAUACAUUCUUCCAAGUCUGUUGUCUCUGAGGAAUAAAUGGGAGAAGAUAAAACUUCAAGAAUUAAGUUGCGGUGGUAAACUUCUUCUGACAACUUGCAUGCAAAGCUUAGAAAGGAGAUUUUCUGACAUACUCAACCUGUUUUCGAAAGAGGCUGUUAUAUCCGCAAUUGUGCAUCCCCAAUUUAAAUUUCGUUGGUGUAAUGUUAUAAAAAAUACCGACCUCACUGUGGAUGAGAUGAAGAAAAUUGUGAUUACUGCUGCCGAGACACUCAUUGCCCUUGAUGGUGGCGAAGAGUCGGGGGAUACUUCAAGUGACACAACUGAUUUCAAUGAACGGCCUCAAGACCAAUCCCAAAAAGUUACACAAUCCAUGAAGGAAAACGAAAAAAUUAAACCAGCCAAGUCCAAAAUUGAGCUGGAGUUAUACAAGUUUCUUGAUGACAAAAGAGAGACAGAUGAAAGGGUGUCUCUGGCAUUGGAACAAAUUGCCACCCGUAUAGCCAACAAAGAAAAUAAAGCUCCAAAUAACAUUUCAGCCUUUUGCCACAAUUUGGAGACCGAAAUGAUACGCAUGCCAUCUGAUAUUAUUGAAGACUUUAAAGACGAAAUAACCGAGUUAUUGUUGAAAAAAGACGUCAAAUUAAAAAUUUAUAUAGAGAAUAAAAAUAAAGACAGUAUAAUAAAUGUAUAUUUAUCUAUUAGUACAAAACCUUAA